CAAAAUGGAAACCACUUUUUUGAGGAGCUUAGAAAGGUGCAAACCAUCUCAUCAGUCCCUCCUUCAGAGAAUAAUUCCCAAGAAAAAGAAAAUAAUUAUCCAAUUGUAGAAUAUUUAAAGUUGUUAGACGAGUUGAUUUCAAGAGAAUCAUCUAGUCUCUCUAAGACCCCUUCAAUUCCUGAAUCUAUUAAGAUGAGUGGGUCUCUCUGGGACCAUGUAUAG